AUUCCUCAUAUGAGGGAAAUCCUAAUCUUGCAUCUGAAGGUACGUGGUACUGGACUGGAAGCUCAUGAACUACUCUCACUAGCCGCGGCAGCUGCUGAUGUUUUACCUCCGUGUCCUAGAGGAACUGUGUUUGAUACCGAGAACGUAUUUAUUUGCAGCAAAGGAAAUAUUCACACUAUAUCUCAGUCGAAGGCUGAUCCAUGCUUCAUACCACCAGAGUGGUCCAACAAUGAAGAUGACCCAUGUGCAGCUGCCGUCUAUUGCAUGGGAGCUGUUCUAAGAGCCACUGGUGCUGAACAAGCAGCUGACGUCGAUCUGUUUUCUCUUGUCAACAUUCUCACUGUGGCCAUAGUUGGUACCAGACCCACCGCUCAUCGAAUGGGUCUCAUGGCAAAAAAUCAGCUUCGUGGUCGCGAUGUGAAAACGUGUCUAAUCACGAUUUAUGAGGAAAUCAUGGGUGAUGAAGAGAGCAACCAGGCGAUAACUCCAGCUGUCAUACACCAUGGCUCUAUGGGAUAUAUCGGCAGUCCUACAGGAAAUAGCACUCAUUUGGACGAGACGUAUAUCGAAGAACACUCAGUAGAUCUCGACGGCUCGUUUGAAAAGUUUGUUUUGAACGAAUGUUAUUGUAUUGUAUUUAUUGUAUUUAAAGAUUCGCCUCGAUUCGAACGUCGCAAUUCAUUAAUGCCAGCUCGAGUCAGUGGUCGACAAUCAUCUCGAAGCAUGCGUGGAAAAAGAAAGACCAGAGCAGUUCCAGAAUUCUAUGAUCACUCACGGCAUCCUAGCAUACGCCUCAAAGCUCCAAGUGCUAAAAAGAAGAAGAUGACUCUUCUUCGCGUGGAAGAGGCAGAUGUGCAAGUGGAACUACUUAAUGGUCAACGAAUAGAGGUGUCUUGCCGAACGGAUUCCGUCGCCCGUGACAUUUUCUCGCUAGUAGUUCAACACAUGAACAUAAAUGAGCAUGUGUUUUUCGGCUUGAGUAUCAUGAAAGACACGGAAUAUUUCUUCAUUGACGACCAUCAACGCCUCGAGAAAUUCGCACCACCAGGUUGGAAAAGUGCACACAAAACAGGGAUUCGGACAGAUUUCGUUCUAUAUCUCCGAUUUCGGUUUUAUCCUCAAAUACUCGACUUUAUAAAAACAGACGUAACCAUGCACGAGCUAUACUUACAAGUACGUCACGAUAUCAUUGAGGAGAGAAUACAACCACGUCGCGAUGCUGCCUAUGAAUUAGCAGCUUUGGCGCUGCAAGCCGAGUUCGGUAAUCGACCACCGCCAGUAAUUCACGACUACUUCGACAACCAACAUUACUUGCCUCGGGUAUAUUUCAGCUUCAUUCAAACCAUUAAUUUACAAUCGGUGCUUGCCGAGAUGCAUGGGCAUUAUGUUGGUACAAAACCAACGGAUGCUGAACACAUGUUUAUACAGAUUUGUCAACGACAUCGUGAUUUUGGUGCUCACCUUCAUCGAGUGUUUCGGAACAAACCAACGGGUUCUCAGGGAUCUGCACCAUUCGACCCGGAUACUGGUGCUGCACUUUGGAUUGCGAUUAUGCCACGGGGAAUUAGUGUAUAUGAAGAACAGUGGGGUAACAUUUUUGUGAUUUCCGUUAUGUUUCAGGGUUCUGCGAGGGAACUAUUAGCUGAACAUCUGUGGCAAGACACUCAAACACUUCAGUUUGACAGGAAGAAGUUUGUCAUCAUUGCUAUUGAAGGAAGUCAGCAAACGGAGUCAAUUUUCUACACUGAUCACCAUACGAAAAGUGCAUACUUCGUGAAAUUCUCAGCGUCUCAGCAUCGUUUCAUGAUGCGAAUGCGUCAGUGGAAAUCGACGUUAAGUCAUGAAAGCACGAUUCAGGCAAUGCCUGACGUUUGUGUGGAGGGCCGUGAACCACGUCCAGUCCAAACACAUAGUAGGUUACGAUUUCUACUUGUACUACUAAGUACUUUUCUUGUUCGGUUACCAUUGUAUGGAUUUAUAGAUUCUACGAUCGAACGAUUCGAGUCAGUAAAUCACCAUGAUUUCACUGACGGAGAGCUUCCAGGAAUGCGAUUCGAAGUUAGCCUUGUGAAGGAUCCAUCAAGUGGUCUUGGCCUCACGUUGGUCGAUGGGAACCUUAAUGGCGUCAAAGGUGUGUAUGUGAAAUCAGUUGUGGAAAAUGGUGCUGGUAUGAGAGCGGGUCUGUCUGUUGGUGAUCGUCUUCUUGGUGUCGAUGGAGUUUCUUUGGAGGGAGGUGAUCGACACCGGGCUGUAGAACUCGUACGAAAAUCUGGAGAAUCGGUGCGUAUGGAGAUUGCCCGGCUUGUUGGCGUUGUGCGACAUGAAAAAAGUGAUUUUUUAACCUGCUUUAUAAUGUGUGGUUAUUUGUUUAAGAUCUCUCCAGGUUUGUCACGUACGCCUCCGCCACCACGACGAGCAGCCAACCGCCGACAGCGCGCUAUCUCUGAUUUUGGUGCUAUAGGCGACACUUUACCAGCACUGGAUAGUGAUAACGUUAUUAACAUCAAGGCUCUAUAUGGAUUGCACUUAGCCGAUUCUGACGAAGAGCAAGGCGAGUACCGUCUUCCGACAACGUCAAUGUACUCUUUUGAACAUCACUACGAUGAUGAUAUUUUAUCUCCUGAAUUGUCACAACCGGCUGUACCAUCGACAGACGGAAGGCGGAAAUAUCGUUAUGCCAGGUCGGAAUGUGUUACCGUCAUUCUUGUGGAUGUAGAACUGGAACGUAACUCUGUUGGUUCAUUGGGAGUACAAAUCGCAUCUAUCGGUGGUCGAGUGUGUAUUAAACAACUGAACGCAGAGCCAGCUGCAAGCCAUCCAGACCUUCACGUUGGUGACGCGCUUAUACAUGUGAACGGCGAGUCAGUAGCUAACAAGUCCCACCAAGAGGUGGUUGCAAUGCUACGCAAUGGUGGUGACGUAGUUACUUUGGGACUUCGAAGAGAAACAGAGAAAAAAGACAACAUCAUCACAGCUGUUCUUGAAAAGAGGCCUGAAGGAUCGUUAGGACUGUCACUGGCUAAAAGGACCGGCUCCGAGGGUAUUUUCAUAAGAAUGAUAGCGGCGAAUUCAGCAGCUGCCAUGGAAGGAAGCUUACGCGUUGGUGAUCGAGUGCUUUCACUCGAUGGUGAAAAUGUGACGAAUAUGACACCAACAGCGAUUCUGGAGCGACUGAGGUCCAUUAAGGGAGCUGUACAUGUCACUGUAUCAAGAGAUACACAAUGA